UUAGGUUGUCCAUCUCUUACUAUAUCUACCCUCAUUCACCAGCAAGUAUCAACUAUCUACAUAUAUCCCUUUUCCAUCCAGUCAUUUGGCACCAUCAAAUACCCUUCAUCACCUUCCAUGUCAUCUCCAUUCUUGCAAAUACAUACUUUUAUUUUUCAUAUUAGCGCCUCUUCCCUUCAGUUUUUGUCAAUUCCGUUCAUUUCAUUAAGAAGCCUUUUUUCUUCUUUUUUUUCUAAAAGAUGCCCUUCAAAAUUCUUUUUUAAUAUAAGAUGUGCCGCCUUUUUUAGAGGUUUGUUGUUGACUUUUGCGGCAAUGUGAAAAGCAGGCUGGCACUCAUUAUGUUUGUGUGUUUGCAUGCGCGCGUGUGUGCCUUCUUACCCUAAAAACACAUAACCACCAUUUUCCUAACAGCCUCAUUCUCCUUAAGAAACGAGUUUUCUCCCUAUUCUCUUCUAAGGGUGAGAGACUUCUUUGGCCUGUUUAUUUUUCUUUUAAUUUUAAAUUUUUUGAGUUGCUUCUCCAUUGCUUUUUAUUCCGUUAUUUUAUAUAUUUGCCCUUUUAAUUUGCUCCCUCUCCAACUCAUUUUGGCACAUAAAUUAAAAGAAUGUCAAAAAACAAGUAACAGGGAUGGGCUCUCUUCCGCUUUCCUUUACCCCUUCCGCGAAAUUACACACUUUGACCCAUCCGCUUUGGGCCUGUUGCUUUUUAUUUUGUUCCGCUAUCUUCGUUUCUACCUACCGCAGAGUCCUUAAAAAAUUCUCCAUCCGUAUUAUACAUAUUUGAGGACUGGCGCCAAUCCUCGACCCAAAAAUUAGCAAAAAGC